UAUAGACAGCAUGGAAUUGAAUAAAAUUCUUUUAUUAUUAUUAUUUUUAAAAUCCCAUCAAAAUUGCCUCUAGAAAAAGAGGCAUGACAGUUAGGUAAAAGUUGUCUCGUUCACAAUGUUUCAGAAGGAAAAUUAAGAAAUAGCUUAACCACCAUAGGUUAGGUCUGACUGUAGCCUAUAAAUAUCCUUUCCCAUUAACCUUCUCAAGCUUCAAAAACAGCUGUAAGACACAGAAAACAUAUGAAAAAUGUUUCUUUUCUUGAAAUCUUUGUCAAGAUCAGUGCAUGAAGAACAUCAAGAACAGGUGGAGUACUUAUCCAGGGGUACCCAAGGCCCCUGCACAUCACUAACAGUGUGGAGAAAAUCACUUAUAGUUAGCUGUAAUGGGUUUACUGUGAUUGAUUCUGAUGGAAAUCUUGUUUAUCGAGUCGACAACUACAUGGGACGCCCCAAGGAACUCAUUCUUAUGGACGGCGCUGGAAAAUCCAUCCUGACAAUGCGACGUAGCAAGAACCUUGGACUGGUAGAUACCUGGCUCGUCUAUCGAGGGGAGGUAGAUGACUAUGGUACAUCAUCAACACCAUGAAAGCCUAUUUUCUACGUAAGGAAGAGAAUUAACAUCUUACAUGCCAACCCUAAUGUGCUAGCAUAUGUAUAUCGCCGGUCGUCAGACAAAAGGUAUGCUUACAUGAUUGAAGGAUCGUAUUCACAGAGGUCAUGUAAAGUGCUAGAUGAGACAAAGAGGGUGGUGGCAGAGAUCAGGAGAAAGGAUGCAAUUAUUGGAGGCAUUUCUUUAGGCCUAGAUGUUUUUCUGUUGAGAGUACAGGCAGGACUUGAUCCUGGAUUUGCAAUGGCUCUGGUUCUUUUGCUGGAUCAAAUGUUUUCUUAGGUUUCCAAUUCUUUGUUAGGUGUAUUUACUUAUUUAUUUUUAUGAGAACUAAUCAUAUGCUUGUUUUCAAGCCGAAGCCACCAUUGUAAUGAUCAGCUAAUACAGCGUCAAGUUCCAUGUAAAUAUACAUAAAUAUGGACUUAACAGAGAAAGCAAUGAAUUAAAGUUGAUUGAAGCCUUUUGCCAUUUAAGUGCUCUGAAUCCGGUAGUAGGAGUUAAUUUCCAUUCCCUUGCUGAUUUAUCUCAACUUUACGUUCGUCUGUGAACAGACAUUGCCUUCUGGAAGUUUUCUAAUUGAAGUUCAUUUACUCAGAAAUUCAAAGAUUGAACCACGAUUUCAACAAUAUUUCAUGGGAUCCCUUGUUUUGCUGAAAGGUGACAUGGGUUUCUAGCAAACAAUUCUUUAAGUUCGUUGAACUAACAAGCCUAGCUAUUCUCCAGCAUUUACUCGGUCAGAUUUCUUUACUUAAAAAGCAAGUUUGUUUGAACUCUGUCAAGUAUACUCGAGCUCAGGGCAUGGCUUGAUUGCCAGGUUCACAAAUCUUUCCCAUCAGAAAUCGACUGGGCAAAGCUUAGAAAGAGCUACGUCUGCCUAAUCAAAGUUGCCAUAGACUUUUCGAUCAGUUGAAAAUUACAAGACUUUCCCAUCGACUACUCUGCAAAUCUUAUACUACUACUUGUGAAGACAGGACCCAGCUCAACCUUGAUCGGACUUACCAUUAAACCAAAUACUCAAAUUGUAUUUUCAUCAUUUCAAUCUUUUGCAAAUGGUGGGAUUAUAGUUAUACAGCAACCUGUCCUGCAAUGUUUCUGGAGUGGUUGAUACUGCAACCUGAAUUUAAGACAAUGAAACUCAAAAAUGGUAGCGAGAAAAACUGAACUUUCUAUUGCCUCAUCAAUUGCUCUACACAAGGCAAAGAAUUCCCUGCUGUAUUCUACAACUAUCCUUGAUGUUACAACACUAAAAACCCCCUGCUUCUAUUGUAACAUUUCCCCUUUCACCCAUUGCACAAAGCCUCACAGCCAUUCCAUACCACCCACAACACAAUAUAUACAAAUAAACCGGGGACACCGGUAACCUCACAGAGGUUGAUAGAUUGCAAUAAUUGUUAAAACAAUGCAACUUCUAAAUUGGAAAAAAAAAAA